AUGCGGAUUGAAAUCAUGCGACGUGUUCGUGAACGUGAUAAUUCGCCGAAAGCCAUGCGUUCGCACACGCGACGCGCGCAUAGAGAUCGCUCCGGUCCGGGAUCCCCUCGACGUUCACAUCGUGAUCGAGGUGGGGAGGGAAAAGUCUACUCCAGCACAGGGCAUCAUUCUGGUCUGCGCAUGGGCAGUUUAAAGAACCCACAUCCAGAUUCAUUUCAAACAUUGUGUGUGCGCAACUUCUCCUCGAAGUUGAGCAUCGAAGCUAUUCAAGACUACUUGUUUCAGGAUUUCAAUGAAUUUGGAGACAUGUCCAUCAGCGUUGGCCAUUUGGAUGGAGAACGUGCUGCUCUGAUCAAUUUCAAAUACCCAGAAGAUGCACAAGCGGCCUACAAUGCCAAACCGACUGUUUAUUUGCAUGACCGGACUGUCACAGUGGAACCCCUGCUGGACACGAUCACUGAGGAGGGCACAUCAUCAGCCGUAUAUGGUACUGGAAAAUCUGCCAGUGAUUUCGAAGAAGAAUUAGACCCACUCUUCGAUCGACGUGCUCCUCGGCAUGGCCUAUCCCACAAACUAGACUCAAGAUUUGCCACGGAACUUCCACCCAAGGCAGUUGGCGGCCCCGGCGCAGUCGCUACCCCGAGUUUGUUGGGUAUGCCUAGCCUUGCAUCCUCCGCUAUGGUUGCAGCUGCAGCUGCAAGAGCUUUAGGAUUGGGUUCAGCCAAUCCCUUGGCUACAGGGAUUCCAUCGUCUAUUCAGUCUCCAAUGAAGUGUCAUGGCCUUCUCAAAAACACCGGGCAUCGUUGGUAUGAAGCACAACAUCAUGGCCGUUCCCCAUCUUCUGGUGAUGGAGAUCAGGAUUUUAAAGCAACGCGUACUCUUUUUAUUGGCAGUUUGGAGCCCGAUAUUACUGAGAGUGAGGUAGUCGAGGCGUUUGAACGCUUCGGAUACAUUGAACAAAUAGAUAUCAAGCGUUCCACAAAAGUUGGAAUGCACUCUUAUGCGUUUGUGCGUUUUCAAAACGUUGACAUGGCGUAUCGAGCCAAAUCUGCCAUGUCUGGACGUUGUAUCCGAUCGCUUCAUUGCAAAAUCGGUUAUGGUAAAUGCAUUCCUUCCACUUGUCUAUACAUUGGAGGACUGGCAAAAGAUAUGUUUGUGGAAGUCAUGCAUCGUUUACUUCCCCGACUGGCUCAAGUGGUUCAAGUGGAUAUAGUCCCUGGGAGGAAUUUCGCUCAGAUCCUUUUCGAGACUUGUGAGGCCGCUUGCGAAGCUAGCAAACAGUUAAAAACCCUCGCACUGGGCCUACGCUUGGCUAAGCGGUUGCGCAUCGAUUUUAUCGACCCUGAGACGUUUCGUAAUCCUAUGCCGAAAAAUCCUUUGGGUUUGCUAGUCCCAGGAGGGUAUGCAUCUGCUGCUGGAUUACACACUUCUGAUUCACGUGUUCCAAGCCACAGUCUCUCGACCGAUGCUCACCAGAAGUUGUCUACUGGCUAUGCAGGUGCCGGCAGUAUACCCCGUAUGGGCCCGGUCGGUCGACUAUCCACAUUGCAUCAGCUUGUGGGACCGGAAUGUUCCAACUCCUUCCAGGGAAAGCACGCGGCUCUCGACGCAAUGUCUGAUCCACGUGGCAAGCCGGGCGAAUACCGUGGUUCAUUGCAUCAUGGCCGAACUAGAACAUUGCUCAGUCCGGCGGCUUCCGUUCACCCCACAUUGCAAAAUGUACAAAACUUGACUGAUUUGGAUCGUUGUCUACAACCGGAUUUGUGGACAGGCGAGCUUGUGUUGAAGAAAUGUGGCUUUCGAUUUCGCUGCUUGCAUGUGAUCGGUGAUGCGGAACUCGGCUCACGUUUGAUUGAUCCUGCUCCCACAGAGACAACUCCAGCAAGUGAGUGCAUGAAUGAGUGA